CCAUCAUAACUUCUGCUUCAUACGCUGCCUCCAUCAUCAAUUACGGUCCUCACUUCUGCUUCAUACGCUGCCUCAUCCUCGGAGAUACACGCUGAGCAAUUACUCCCCUCGACAACUACUACACAGCAAUUACUUCAUCAAUUACUCCAGACCUGUUCAUACAUCUGAUCUCUGUUCAUCCGCAAAAAUAGUAAAAUUCAUUGUCGAUGGAAUGUUCUGUUCAUCUGCGCCAAUAUCCUCAUUCAUCAUUAAUCUUCAAUUUCUCCAACUACUCAUAUCUGUUCUUAUUGAUCUUCAAUUACUCCCCCAUCUACCACCCCCUAUAUCUACCAACAAACAUCAAACAGCGUUGCGACAUCAAUAGUUGUUGUUUAAUCAGUUAUGCAAUCUGUAGUUCUGUUGAAUCACUUCUACGGACUCCAUUCUAUUCUGUUGUUAAUCGCUCGAGUAAAUGGAUGAAAUCGGCCAAAAAGUCGUUGGUUGUGAAACAUCAUCUAACAAGAAUAAAUCGAGAUUAUUGUGGGAUGAUUUUACGUUCAAGCAGUUUGUCGAUGCAUGCUUGCUUGAAUAUAGAAGAGGGAAUAGACCUGGUACAAGCUUUAGUAAGGUCGGGUGGGCGAAUAUAAUAAACACUAUGUACGAGAAAACAGGGAAAACCUUUGAAAGAAAGCAAAUAACAAACAAAUGGGAUAGCAUGAAAAAAGAAUGGAAGCUUUAUGAUCGCUUGAUGAGGCUUGAAACUGGGAUUGGUGGGACGAGAAGCUUCAUCGAUGCAUCGCCCGAGUGGUGGGAAGAGAAAAUAAAGGUAGAUCCCAACUAGGUGGGCAUUAUUGAGAGAUAUGCAUGUUAAUUACACAUACGAGCACCAAGUGAGUAUUGUGAUAGCAUCGAUGGCGAUCCAUAACUUUGUCAAAAAGUGUGGUAUGUUUGAUGAAGCAUUUAACACAGCCCAACAAGAAUCUUACAAUCCCCGUGGUACUAGUGAUGAACUUCAUGAAGAAGUUCCGUCUACAAAUCGUACGGAUGAUGAUGGUAUGUUAAUGGCAGCGAUAAGAGAUGCGAUUGCUCAAGAUGUAAUGGAAUCACGAAGAAGAACAUAGUAUGACAUUAGUUUGUUAUUCUUGUGCAUUUUUUUUCGUGUUUUUUAGCAAUCUGGAUGUAAUAUUAUUAUGUUCUAAUUAGGAAAUUUUAUACUAUAUGUAAACAAAUUUUAUCUUAUAUGUUUCAUGAAGUUGUUUUUCAA